GCAAGUCUCGCGAGAUUUCCAGAUAACAUUUAUCGCGGGGGCUGCUGGGAUCACUCGCCAUUUCGCAACAUAGAAGAAGCGUCAACGUUGCGGGAGGAGGCAAAAACUGUUAGAAAUUUGGUAUUUCCCCGCAUAGUGUGGGCACCGACCAAGCUGGAGUAGAUAGAAAGGUAACUCCCCCCUCCCCUUUCCUUUUAUAUCGUGCCCUAUUUUUUGGCUUGUUGCGGAGGACAGGCGAGAAAACUGGACGGCCCGAGCGGAGCGGGUGUGGCCUCUCGUCGUUCUGCAGGAGGAGGGAGUGAGACACCCCGGCCGAGCGGGCCCGGCGGCUCUGGCAGCAAAAGUGGUGCUGCGACACCAACAGCCAGGAGCGGUGGUUCAUCCCCAGCAAUCCCAAGAUGGAUACCUCCAAGCAGUACUAAGCGAGACGUGCGCACCCAACAAGAGAAAAAUGAAACCAUCUUCAGGAGAGUUCGUGGAAUUCUCAACAAGCUCACCCCCGACAGGUUUGACAAGUUGUUUUUGGAACUCCUGAACGUGGGGAUAGAGAACAAGCUAAUUCUUAAGGGUAUAAUACUUCUGGUAUUCGAAAAAGCCAUAGAUGAGCCCAAGUACUGUUCUAUGUAUGCACAGCUCUGUCGUAGACUAUGUGACGACGCGCCCAACUUUGACGACCCAAACAAGUCAGGAACUACAACCUUUCGCCGGUUGCUACUGAAUAAGUGCCAGGAUGAGUUUGAGAACAGAUCCAAGACUUUUGCUGCUUUUGACAGGGACGAUGGCCCUCUCACCCCUGAACAGAAUGAACAGAAGAUGGUGGCCAAGCGCAAGAUGCUUGGCAACAUCCGGUUCAUCGGUGAACUGGGAAAGCUUGACAUGCUUUCAGAGGCCAUUCUACAUAAAUGCAUUAAACAGAUGAUCCUAGAAGUGAAAGUCUAUCUUUCACGGCAGCUUCUGGAGAAGAAGAGGACCGAGUCUGUGGCUGACCGCGCCGAGGACCUCGAGUGCCUCUGUCAGAUAAUGCGCACCUGUGGACGUCGCCUUGAUCAUGACAAAGCAAAGUCCCUGAUGGACCAGUACUUUGACAGAAUGCGGACGAUGGCGGGCAGCACGGAGCUCCCGUCGCGGAUCCGGUUCAUGCUCGAGGACUGCAUCGAACUGCGGGGCAACAAUUGGGCCCCUCGCAAGAUCGCCUUAGACCAGGGGCCACGGACCAUUCAGCAGGUCCGGGAGGCCGCGGCGAAGGUAUCGGGCAGGGUGCAUGGAGUGUACUACCCUCCCCCUGAGUACGGGCGUCGCCAUCAGGGGAAGGACUUCUUCGGCGGCUCCAUGAAGCAGAUCCGUGCCCAGCGGGACAUGGUCGGGCUCGGGGAUGUCUUCGGGGGUCCCCAGGGGAUCAUAGGGGAUGCUGGGAUAGGGACUGGGCCCGGCGUCAUCCAAGACAACCACGAUGACUUCCCUGCCAUCAACUGGCAGCGUAACGGCAACAUGAGGAACCAGCAGAACACAGGUUAUAACCAGUUUGGGGGCGGUGGGAACCAGAGACAGGAGGGCGGUUAUAACCAGUACCAGCAGCGCAACACCAACCAGCAGCAGCAGAACAGCCUCCCACCUCGUUUUAUGAAGAAGAACCAGUUUAACUCGGGGGAGAUCAGCCUUCGCCCCACCAAGGACUCCAUGGUCUUCAAGCCCCAGGGGGGGUUCAUGCCCCCCAGCAGCAAGCCCUCUCAGGGCACACCCCCCUCCGGCUCUCCAACCCCCAUCAUGAUGCAACCCCCCACCAUACCCAUCCAACAAGCCAAGUCCUCCGGAGACAGGGGCAAGAAGGACAAGAAACAGCCUCCACCUUCCAAGGAGGACCUCAAGAAGUUAACCGAGGAGAUGCUCACGGAGUAUCUGAACACCAAGACCGUAGACGAAGCCGUUCGGAGCGUGCGCGACAUGCGCGCUCCAAAGAAGCACCUUCCGGAACUAACAAGUAACCUGAUGACGUACGCGCUCAACAAGGAGGACAGCGACCGCGAGGCCAUCAGCGACCUCAUCGCUGCCCUCAAGAAGGAGGGCGUCAUUUCUUCUGAACAUUUCAUCGAGGGGUUUGAGGGUCUCCUGCAGCAGUUGUCUGACCUGGAGAAUGACAUCCCUCUGAUCAAGUCCUACACCGCUGCCUACGCCGCACGCGCCGUGAAGGACGACCUCGUGCCACUCACCGAUGUUGCACAGCCCAUGGAGAAUGGAGCACACUACCCCCUGUUCCUGCUGGUUCUGCAGCAGCUCCACAAACUGGCUGGCCGCGACCAGCUGGUCUCCGUCUUCACCGACAGCAAGAUCAACAUGGUCAAGAUGCUGCCAGAAAUUGACCAAAACAAGGAGAAGAUGAUGGGUAUCCUGGAGGGGAAGGGCCUGAGUUUCCUGUUCCCUCUGCUGCGCAUGCAGGCUGAGCUGUGGAAGGCCCUGCAGGCCGACCCCACGCCGGCAGCCAUCUACAAGUGGAUCAAGGACAACGUGGAGGCACGGCUGCACACAGACCCAGGCUUCGUCAAUGUGCUCAUGUCAAGCAUUCUUAAGUAUGUGACGCAGGAGUCGACCCUGGGCGAGGACGUUGACCCCGCGGUGACCCCUGGGAAGGACCUGGUGGAGAAGGAGAAGGACCUGAUCGACCGGCUAAAACCGGUUCUGCAGCGCUUCCUGCACGACCACGUGGGCCUGCAAGUCAGCGCGCUGUACGCGCUGCAGGUCCACUGCUUCAACAAUGGCUUCCCUAAAGGUAUGCUGUUGCGCAUGUUCAUGAUGAUGUACGACCUUGAGAUCACGGAGGAGGACGCUUUCUUCCGCUGGAAGGAGGACAUCAAUGACGAGUUCCCUGGCAAGGGCAAGGCUCUCUUCCAGGUCAACACCUGGCUUCAGUGGCUGGAGACUGCAGAAGAGGAUGAGUCAGAAGAAGAAGACGACGACUAGUCCGGCGCGGCCCCCCGUCGUCACCCACAGGCCCUGACGGCACAUGCAAUAUAACCUACUGUGGACCUCCUGACUGAGAAAACACCGAGCAGCCCAUAGAACAAGACACUUUGCAAUGCCCCUCAGAUGCUGUUCUUUUGGCUGGAACAAUUUUUGGUUCACGCGUCGACAGCAAAAACCUGAGCUUCGUUCAAAGGAUUCGUUCAUGGACGAAACAUACAACAUUCACUUGAAAAACACAACAUGUUACAUACAACACAGAAGAACAGUUGGGAGAGCAAUCCUGAAACUUGUGGAUCUAUCAUGUAAUUUUGCUAUAUGCAAGAUACAGCAGAAAUGUUCUACUACAGGUUUUAGGUGUACAAAAAAGCUAUGUUUUCUGGUUUCCUGCCAUUUGCAGGGAUAUAGUUUAUCUAUGCUACUGUUAGUGUGCUCAGCAAAACCACAGAGAAAAGGAUACAUCAACUUAACCACUGUAAUUGCCACAUAUCAUGUUGAUUGUGACAAAAAUGUUCCAUAUGAUUACAUGGGGAAACUUUUGGACGAAUCGUGGCUGGGAUUGUUUGGAGUCUGGCUGCUGUUGGCUCUUGCCGGAAGUAUGCAGAUGUGUCGGGGAUUGUGAUUGGUCGAUGUGAUCAUUCCAAGUUGUACGCCUUUUUAUAUGUACAUCCAUGUGGCAAUACCUGUUGAGAUGCAUUUUACGCUGAGACCCUUGCUUUUGAAGGAAGGGCUUACUGUAAUGAUUUAGGCUUAUACUAGUAACUGUUGCAAAGAAGGGAACAUAGAUGAACUUCGAGUAGAGGACAAUAAUUCUUCAUUUAUCUUGUACGUGUCUGUAGGUAGACAGCAAUAGUCUGGUUUUUAAGCUUACAGCUAGUAUUUAAGUCGCAACAUUUUGUAACAAGUGUCAAAACACCUACCAUCAUACACACAUAUGCCAUCCUUUUUGAGUAGGAUAGUUGAAUGAUUGUGCCCAUGGCACAUAAUUCUUUCACAAGCUAACAACAAUCAUGCAUGGGUUGCAACUUCUGCAAAUAUUUUGUCAUCAAAAUUGCAAGAAGGACACUGCCGAUUUGCUGAAAACAGUUCCUCCAUGUGGCAAUAGUACUAAGUGUUAAUUCCUAAAGUUAUAUAUAUAUAUUAGGCAUGUACAAUUGAUGAAGAGAGGCAAAGAGAUGUUCGAACCCUAUCUUGCAAUAUUGUGAAUUGUGAUAGAAUGCACCCGACUGUGAAGCGACCGGAUUGUUCUAGUGCCUGAGGAAAAAAAGAUGCGACUAUCUGGAAAUGACAGUACCAUGCCUUACACAUGUUAGGAAAAUGCUCGCAAUAAAGAAAAAAAUGAUAUAAAAGAGACCCAAACAUCAGAGAAGUCCAAGCAGCUAAUAGUUUAUUGCCUUCGAUGUUUGUGAAUUAGAGAGGAACCUGGUUCAGAUGAACUGUUUAGGUAAGAAAGAAUACAGUAGUUUUCUGUUAUGUUGUAGCAGCCAAAAAAAAAACAGCAAGUGUCCUAAAAAUUUUCAUUACAUGUUAUGUUGCAUGUUGCAUCACAUGUUCUGUAGUUACUAGUCUAUUUGGUGUCUGUAGGUUUGUUUAGCGAUAUCCUUAACAUAUUGUAAUGUAGCCUAGGGAAGACUUUGGUGGUGCUGUGCCAAAAAAGGCUGGAUGUUUUUGUGUUGUCUCAAUGACACAGUGACUGACCGUUUUGCAAUAUACCGUCAUCUGAUUCGCAUUACAAACCACACAGAUAUGUAUAGAUACAAAUACAUUUCACCAUGGGGUAAUAGAUUUUACGUGCUCAUCAAGAUUCAUAACAUUGUGAGUAAUUAAUUAUAGGUGCACUUCUCCCUUACAUGUAUGUAUGCAUAUUGUAUCCAAAUGUUUUUAAUGAUCAGAAAAUACUUUGCUGCAGUUCUGUGGCCAUAGACCAGUAAGUUUUACCCAUUCCCAUGGAAUAGAUGUUGCCUAGUGUUACUUCUGAUUUGGUGAAAAGUGUGUUCUUGGUAUUUGUACAUUUUUUUCAUCCCAAUAGCUGUAAGAAUAGGCAAAGAAUCGUUGCGUCUGCCCCAAGUUGAAACCAAAUGCAGUAUUUCCAUGGUUAGAAGAUAGCGACACCACACGGCAAACAGACCAAACUGUGCUGCCUGGUGUAGAAGGUGGAAAGUACAGUAGUUUGGAGUAUUUAUGUAUGUCCAUGUCAUGCCGACAUUUUUAUUUUGCUGAUGUCAAUAAAACUAGUCUAGUGUAAUGUUA